AUGCACUAUAUUUUUAUAUUCCUUUUAUUAAUCUUUUUUAUAUGUUUCACUCAAUCGCAAAAAUUUACAGAGGAAAGUCCUUAUAUAGGUAUUCGUUUAAUGGAUCUUAAACUAAAUGCAUGGAAACCUGAUAUGACAAAUAAAAUAGAAAAAGUACUCGAUUCUGAAUUGAAAUAUACUGAUGAGAAAAAAGGUAUUGCAUGUAAAUCAAUUUAUUUUGAACAAGAAAAAAACUAUCCAAAACAAGAUGGACGUUUUCUUGAUUUGAGUAUUCAAGGUAUAUGCAUUGAUGAUGACGAUAAAAAUCAUCAUAUCGAUAAAGAUUUAAUAACUAAAGCUAUAAUACGACGAAAAGAUGAAGUUAAUGCAGCGAUUGGUGCACUUGUUUUUCGUAUCGGUAAUGUAAAAUUAUAUGAACGUAAUCGAAAUAAACUUAAUCUAAUUAUUAUACCUGUAUCAAUUGGAUUUGUUGUAUUCUUAUUUGUUCUCACAUUUUUCUUACGUCGGAUGAGAGCUAAACAAAAACGUAAUCAUAUUAUAUCAGAAUUACAGAAGAAAAAAGAAGCUAGUGCAAAAAAAGUUCAAACAAUAGCUAAUAUUGAUCCACAUGCAAAUGAUAAACAACGUUUAUUACAACUUGAUCCAGCUGUUGUUGGUAAUGUAUCAGAUACAAUGGGUAGUCCAAAAGAAUUUACUAUAGAACAAUAUUCACCUGUAAUUCGUGGCAAUGCAAUAAAUACUAGUGAUAAUCGUUUUCAUAAUCGUGAUUAUCAAGGAACAUCAUCAUCACCAUCAGUAAUACCUUCAAAAGAAAAUCGUACAACAUAUUUAAAUCGUGAUGAUGAAACACAAUUUCAAACACAACGAACAUUAAAAUCUAGUCGUGAACGUAUGCAUGUACCAUAUGAAAAUGAAUCACAUUUUCCACCAACUAAUUCACAAUAUCGUUAUGAGCCACAACAUUCGAAUAUGGUUUCUAUGCAUGAACAACAUCCACGUGUUGUUGUUCGAUCAAUACGAGAUGAUGGAAACUAUUCAACAUAUCAUCAACAACCAUAUGAAGAAUCAUCACAAAAAUUUGUAUCUAUACCAGUACAAAUUGAACAUAGUGGUUCUUACCAACGAUUUGUUGCACCUCCUUAUCAUUCUGAUCCUUAUUAUCCACAUACUAAUACAUAA